AUGGCGUCCGUCAACCCGCCGGCCGGGCACUUCAAGCUGCUCUAUUUCGCUGCCGCGUCGACGUACACGAAGAAGAAUCACGAGCACUUCGCAGCCCCGCUCCCCGCGUCACAGCUGUUUGGCGUGCUAGAGCGCGCGUAUCCGGGCAUGACGGUGGCGGUGCUGGACAGCUGUGCCGUGACUGUGAACUUGCAGUACAUCGACCUGGAAGAUGGCGAUGCCGGUCUGACAAUCAAUGAGGGCGACGAGGUCGCGCUGAUCCCGCCGGUCAGCUCUGGCUGA